UAACACUUUAUUGCCCCAGUAAAAUGAUGGAAGACAUGACAACGAUUGUGUUACCACUGUUGAUAAUGUACACCUACAUGAACGCUGAGGUGUUAGCGCUGACUUCAUGUGAAGAGUCAGCCAUGACAGUAAGAAUUGUUACGCGAUGCCCAUCAGAUUUGUCAUCAUGGGAAAAUGCCGCCAAAAGUAUGAAGUGUGAAUCCAUAGACAACAACUGUUUACAUACUAUAAGAAGCAAAGGGGAUCAUCGCUUUCAAUACCAUUGCGUGAUCAAUACCUGGAUGAAUGCUACUUUUGAAGUGUGUGCACCCAAUCGAAUCAUUUUUGGUUAUUGUACAGAGUACAAUGUCAUGGGACGAGUCAUACAAGAAAAUUAUGAUGCAAAUUGUACAACGCAUGACCCGCCAUGUCCAGCAAUUUACAAUUCGACAGAUGCCUAUAAAUAUAAAACAUGCUAUGACUUGGUAAGAAAGAAUCGUCAAAAGAAAGAAAACAUGGAUAAAGAUUCACAGAAUCCGGACUUCAUAUCCAACUCAGAGAGGUGCGUUUAG